AAUCUACAGUAUUUUCUAAUCCCUGUAGUAAAAUGUUUUGAUCUACACCGAGUUCUAACAGGACAAGCACAGAAAUAAGUCCUCUGUAACAGGUAUUAAGGAGACCAUUAGUAACCUUCACUACAGCUCAUGUUUGGGUUUGUUGUCCUCUCAGUCUCCUGGGUGGAGGUGGAUUCAGGAGUGGAGUCUGUCCAGCUGAUCUGCAAAACCACAGUUUGUCUGCCUAAAGAUGCUAAAGUGGAGUGGAAGGAUGCAAACGACAGGAAGGUCCACAUGUAUGAGAACGGCUCUGACCAGCCUGAAGAACAACAUACGAAUUACAGAGACAGAACGAAGAUGAAGAGGAUGGUCCUGGAACCUGGAGACCUCAGUGUGACCCUGAAACACCCCACAGAUGGAGACAACUCCAGCUAUAACUGCACUGCCUACAGCAGGGAGGGACACAUCCUGAUGGAGAAAAAAGUGAAUCUCACUGUCAGAGUCCCUCAGGUGGAGGUGGAUUCAGGGGUGGAGUCUGUCCAGCUGCCCUUCAACACCACACUUCACCUGCCUGAAGACGCUAAAGUGGAGUGGAUGGAGAAGAGAUACAACAGGAAGGUCCACGUGUAUAAGAACGGCUCUGACCAGCCUGAAGAACAGCACCAGGCUUACAGAGACCGAACGAAGAUGAAUGAAGACCUGCUGAAAACUGGAGACCUCAGUCUGACCCUGAAACAGCCCACAGACUGGGACACAGACACCUACACCUGCACCGUCUACAGCAGGGAGGGAAACAUCCUGAUGAAGAGAAAGGUGGAGCUGAAAGUCAGAGUCCCCCAGGUGGAGGUGGAUCCUAUUGUUUGUUGUUCUGAGAUUUGCCAGUUAGAGCUGUGCUGUCAUGUCUGAUUGUAUUUAAGGUCCAAUCAUGUACUUGUGUAUGUGUAACUAAGCAACCACGUGGGCGGAGCUUCAGCUCUGAACAUUUUAGAGCAUCAG